AUGGAACUGGCAUUUGUUCUUUUCUUGGCCAUCACAACUGUGUCUGGGUGUGGGGUACCUAUUUACCAGCCCAAUCCAAGUCGUGUGGUAAAUGGAGAGGAAGCUCGUCCCUACAGCUGGCCAUGGCAGGUCUCUUUGGAGUCCUUCUUCCCAACCUGUGGUGGAACACUUAUUGCUCCGGACUGGGUCCUGACUGCUGCUCACUGCAUCACAUUCCACACGUACCGGGUGGUGCUUGCGGAGCAUGACAUGAACAAGGAUGAGGGACCAGAACAGUCCAUUAGGGUCAAAGAAAUGUUCAUCCACCCCAAAUGGAACAAAAACUGUGUGUCCUGUGGGAAUGAUAUUGCUCUGCUUAAGCUGGAGGCGAGUGCUGUUAUUAAUGAUAAGGUUCAGCUGGCUUGCCUGCCGCCACAUGGUGCCUCUCUUGCCCACAACCAACCCUGUUACAUCACAGGCUGGGGUCGUCUCUACUCUGGAGGCCCACAGGCAACUACGCUGCAGCAGGCCCUACUUCCUGUGGUGGAGCAUAGUAUCUGCAGCCAAAAUGACUGGUGGGGUAGCUCAGCCAAGACAACAAUGGUCUGUGCAGGAGGAGAGAGCAAGUCAGCAUGCCAUGGAGACUCUGGCGGCCCUCUGAACUGUAAAGGCAGAGAUGGUAAAUGGUACGCUGAAGGAGUGACUAGUUUUGUGGAUGGACGGGGGUGUAAUACUCCUCAGAAGCCCACAGUUUUUACCCGUGUGGCCUCUUUCAUCCCCUGGAUCCAUGAGGUCAUGGACAAAAACUGAAGAUAUUACUGAACAGUACACUGCAAUAAAACCUUUAAACUA